CUUAAACAAUGGGGAAAUGGAUGGUUCUCUUGUCUCUUCUUAUCUGCAUCGUAAAUGGUGUGUGUUCCUUGAUACCUCCAGUCGUAGUUGCAAGUGAUGUUAGCGUCGACUGUGGCGCCCAAAGUGGCUCCAUGGAGCCGUUGACAUUUGGACCAGUUAAUAUCACUGUAGUCGCUAAUGACCUUGUUGAUGUCAGAAACUACACCGUGUAUGCGUUUUCCUCGGACGAUCCUUCGUGUGUAUUCACUGGUUUUCUCGCUAAUAGCACACGCGAUCCAAAUUCUAUAUACACACGAGUAUAUGAGUACAUUUGGCCCUCACAGACACUCGGCAUUGGGACGUUGGGACAGUGUGGAAUGGAUAGAAAGAAUGCAAGCACGAUUCAAAUGAAGAUAGUAGUGGUAGAAGGUACUUUACUGACAGACGAAGACAAGGCGUUUGUAAUUGAAUGUGUGUACAACCCAGCCGGAACUGGUCCAAUAUCCACAGUGAACAUCGACAACGACAUCGUUCCGCCAGAUGGUGAUAUAAGAGCUACAGCGAAACCCAAUCCUCUAGACAGAACGUACCAAUUGCACCUCAUUGAAUCUGCAACAGCCAGUCCUAUUUUGAGUCCAGUGAACAUUGGAACAAGCGUAAACUUGAGAGUUUUGGCCAGCGGGGAAGAUGAUGGGAAAAAUGGGGCAGCCGGGGAUGAAAAUGGAAUUCGCGUUGGAUUAUGUACAGCUCAGAACGACGACAAUUCGCAGCAUGUAACAAUUGUAAAGGAUUACUGCAGAGAUUUGUCAUCAGAAAUUAACUGGGUCCCUAUUUCACCUGAGCCAAAGGAUCAAGUUGGAUUUACAAGUACUUUUUUACAGUCCUAUUCCCCGCCAUUUGAGAUGUUUGCUAUUACUGGAGGAACCAGACGGAAUAUUGUAACGUUCACUUGUGACGUAGAUGUAUGCAGGACACGAGCUAACUGCGAUGGGGAUAACUGUCCGGUAAAACGACGUAAACGUGAACUUCUAUACAACGUCGGUGCAGCUGAAUAUAGAAACAGUAAUAUAGAAGAGGGUCACGUUCGGAUAUCAACGUAUGUGAUGGUCCAUUAUAUCGACUCUAAGCCUGCUAAUACCGCCGGAGUGAAAUGUGGUUCAUUUGGAAUGCAGUUGGUCGUUGGUCUAUUUUUGGGCAUGUUAUUCUGAACCUAUUUGUCCUUAGAAUGUACAGGUUCGGAGGAUAAAUUCUCGACGGACUUACACUGUACGUCGUAUAUAGGAUAUUGUAUUUCGAUAAACAUCACAUUACGAGUAGGUGCUGCUGUUCAAAUUGCGAUCUUAUCAGAAUAAUGUUGUCAAUGCUAGAUACCACGACUUACAAAUUGUUAUCUUAAUAAAACAUUAUUGUUACAAAUUGUGAUCUUAAUAAAUAGUCAAUGUUAAUGGACUACACACAAACCAUGACAUCGGUG